AUGUCUAGCGUCAACACUACUGUAUUUGCUUGCGAUUUCUGCAGCGACGCAAACAAUUCAAAACAAACUCCUGAUAGUUUUCUAUUGUUCAUCAAAGUGGAAGUCGAUGGAGAAGUUUUAAAGUUUUUACAUAUUGCUAGCAAAGGUUCUAUGACUGUUUGA